AUGGGGAAGGUUGUUCAAUUAUUCACACACCCACUGGAGCUGAAGGCAGCUCUGAAGCUCAAAUUUCUGAGGGAACCGCUUUAUCCUGCGGACGACACGCAGGGCUCUGCAGAGCUCAAGCGGUGCUACCAGCUGCUACAGCGGACUUCGAGGUCUUUUGCGGCCGUGAUAAUGGAGCUACAUCCCGAGCUGCGCAACGCGGUGAUGCUGUUCUACCUGAUUCUGCGUGCGCUGGAUACUGUUGAAGACGAUAUGACGAUCAGUCCCAAGGUAAAGGUGCCGCUACUCCGGGAGUUCGACCAGAAACUGAAGCUGGAUACGUGGAGUUUCGACGGCAACGCGAAGACGGAGAAGGACCGUGACGUGCUGGUGGAGUUCAGCACGAUUCUAGCCGAGUUCCACAAGCUGAAGCCCGAGUACCAGCAGGUGAUUGCAGACAUCACACACAAGAUGGGCAACGGCAUGGCAGACUACAUUCUGGACGAGAAGUUUAAUUUGAGCGGGUUGGAGACGAUCCAGGACUACGACCGCUACUGCCACUAUGUUGCAGGGCUCGUUGGAGACGGGCUAACCCAUUUGAUCAUGCUGGCGAAAUUCAGCAGUCCGGGCCUGUAUUAUGACUCUCCCGACCUCUACGAGAGCAUGGGGCUUUUCCUCCAGAAGACGAACAUUAUCAGAGACUACGCGGAGGACCUGGCAGACGGGCGCUCGUUCUGGCCAAAGGAAAUCUGGUCACAUUACGCAGAUGACCUGGCCAGUUUUUCGAAGCCUGAAAAUGCUACCGCUGGCGUUUACUGUAUCAACCACCUCGUCCUGAACGCGCUAGGCCACGUCCAGCACGUCCUCACGUACCUUGCUUCUUUGAGGGAGCAGUCCUCCUUCCAGUUUUGCGCGAUACCCCAGGUAAUGGCCAUUGCGACAUUGGCGCUUGUGUUUGGGAAUGAGCGCGUGCUCCAAACAAGCGUGAAAAUCAGAAAGGGUACGACUUGUUAUCUAAUUUUAAAGUCCCGCACCUUCCAAGGAUGUGUGGAGAUCUUUGAACACUAUCUGCGCGACAUCCGGAAGCGCCUGACUGUUGCCGACCCCAAUUACCUGAAGCUAAAUAUUGAAAUCGCAAAGCUUGACAAAUUCAUUGAGGAGAUGUACCAGGAUAAAUUGCCCGUCGGUGCGAAACCACAAGAGACGGAAAUCUACAAGAAGGUUAGAGAGAGAUCAGCGUACGACCUCGAGGUCCUGCCACGGGAGCAGGAGGAGGAGUUCAAGUUUAAUGUGCUGCUCUCUAUACUCUUUACCGUCUUUGGGGCUCUGUACUGGUAUGCCAAGUGA